UAUAUUUCUUUAUAGUCCCAUUAGCUCUGCCACUUCCGUGGCUGCACAUAUAACUUUGCUCAGAGACAUAGAUUGGCCUUUACUUCCGAGUUAUUUCAGUUGGGCUUCCAUCUUUGCUCAGAGAUGAAUCUCCUUUAUUUCUGAGUUAGUGCACGUAGCAUUUGGCGCGUCUGUAAACUCACACAACAUUGCUCAUACAUGGGUCUCUGACUGAAUUCCUGUGAAAAAUUUUCUUAUGAAAAUUUAUUUUAACCAGCAGUAAUAUAAAACCCUUCUCUAAACAAGAUGGAUCCAAUGUUCAUGGCAUUGAGUUAUUUUCGUCGUCGAAAAUACGACGAAUGCGCAAAUCUUUGCACUAAAAUGCUGGAAAAGAAUCCGUACGACCAGGCCGUUUGGUCGCUCAAAACACGAGCCCUUACAGAACAAGUUUACAUUGAUGAAGUGGAGGCAGAAGAGGUUGGAAUAGCUGAAGUUAUCAUGGAUGAUAAUGCCGUAGCACAGGUUGCAAGACCAGGGACCAGCAUGAAACCCAGCAGUUCUGGUCGAUCUACCGGGACAAGCCCAGCAGUGAGACCAACCAGUCAGUCAGGAAGGCCUGUUAGUGGUUUUGUGAGACCAGGUACCCAAUCUGGAAGGCCAGGGACUAUGGAACAAGCACUCAGGACCCCUCGUUCAGCACAGACAGCUCGACCAGUGACAAGUGCCAGUGGAAGAUUCGUGCGACUUGGGACUGCUUCGAUGCUUUCUAAUAAGGAUGGACCUUUUAUCAACAUGUCCCGACUGAAUUUGAAUAAAUAUGCGGGCAGGGAUAAUCUGUCAAAGGCUUUAUUUGAAUACAUUUUUCACCAUGAAAAUGAUGUCAGAAAUGCGUUAGAACUUGCUGCUCUUGCAACAGAGAAAUCUCAAUAUAAAGACUGGUGGUGGAAGGUCCAACUUGGCAAAUGUUAUUAUCGUCUUGGUAUGUACCGGGACGCUGAGCGCCAGUUCAAAUCUGCGCUAAAACAAGAAUCUAUCGUAGAUACAAUGUUAUAUCUCGGAAAAGUUUAUCAGAGAUUAGAUCAGCCGUUAUCAGCUAUUGAUAUCUAUAAUCAAGGUCUGGAGAAAUAUCCUGGCGAGGCUAGUUUGCUAACAGGUGUCGCCCGUGUUUAUGAUGCUAUGGACAACCAAGAAGAGAUGGCGAAAUGGUACCGUCACGUUUUGGAUCACGAUCGCACGAACGUCGAAGCCCUUGCUUCGAUCGCAGCGGACUAUUUCUACAACGAUCACCCGGAGGUCGCUCUCAGUUUAUACCGAAGGCUUUUACAAAUGGGUGUCUACAACGUUCAAAUUUUCAAUAAUCUUGGUUUAUGCUGCUACUACGCACAGCAGUACGACAUGACUUUUAAAUGUUUCGAGCGCGCUCUAUUGGUCGCAGAAGAUUUAGAAGCGGCAGACGUAUGGUACAAUGUCAGUCACGUUGCGAUUGGAAUCGGUGAAUUAAAUAUGGCGUACCAAUGUUUACGCCUCGCUGUUUCCAUAGAUAACAGCCACGCUGAAGCUUACAAUAAUCUCGGCGUUUUGGAAUUACGUCAAGGUGACAUUGACAAAGCUAAAGUUUUUUUUACAUCGUCCCAAGAACUGGCUCCAGGGUCGUACGAAGCGCAUUAUAAUCAGGCGACUCUUUCGCAAUCCCUCGGCGACCUUCAAACGACCUACAUCUCAACUAUGAGAGCCACUGAAGCGUUUCCUGAGCAUGUCGACUCAAAGGAUUUGCUCAAAGUGUUGAAAGAUCAUUUCACAAGUUUGUGAAUUGCAUUUAGCGGUAUUAGUCACAAUUUCUAGUGACCUAGAAGUUAAGUUUUGUGUCAUAUAAUUUGCUGUACUUAUUCAUCUGUUAUCUCUGUA